UAUUCCUUUGAGUAUAUAAAACAGCUACAAUAUUCCAGGGCCAGUCACUUGCCAUUUCUCAUAACAGCGUCAGAGAGAAAGAACUGACUGAAACGUUUGAGAUGAAGAAAGUUCUCCUUCUGAUCACAGCCAUCUUGGCAGUGGCUGCUGGUUUCCCAGUCUCUCAAGACCAGGAACGAGAAAAAAGAAGCAUCAGUGACAGUGAUGAAUUAUCUUCAGGGGUUUUUGUGUUCCCUUUCCCAUAUCCAUUUCGCCCAUUUCCACCAAUUCCAUUUCCAAGAUAUCCAUGGUUUAGACGUAAUUUUCCUAUUCCAAUACCUGAAUCUGCCCCUAAAACUCCCCUUCCUAGCGAAAAGUAAACAAGAAGGAAAAGUCACGAUAAAAUUGAAGAUGAAAUACCUGGUCACCUAAAAUUAAAUGUGAGCCACUUCCUUGAAGAAUCAAAAUUCCCGUUAAUAAAAGAAAAGCAAAUGUAAUUGAAAUAGCACACAGCAUUCUCUAGUCAAUAUCUUUAGUGAUCUUCUUUAAUAAACACGAAAGCAAAGAUCUUGGUUUCUUAAUUUCCACAAAUUCCAUGAUUAGUACUCAAUUUGUUUUCAAUCUUCAGCAAUCCCCUGAAGAAGGAAGAGGUGGCAGGUGGUGAUAAAAAUAAACUGUCCUACAGCAUGUGACAAAAGUCAUCCAACAAGAUUCUACUUGCACAAUAAGCCUUUCAGUGGGUCAGAAUGACUGCCUUUGUCUCCAUAAGUUGAUUAUCAGGAAAUUAGAAAAAUUCUCUUUGAAUAAAGAUUAUGUUUCUUCAUCUUAAGUUUAAAUUGUUCAUAGCUGAGACCCUUAGCAUCAAUAAUGGAAAUUCUGCCACCAUUCAUCCAUAACUGGCUACAAAUCAAAGUCAGCCUAAUGAGCCACUUGGCACUUGAGUAGGGAAAUGGCUGACUGCCUUGGUCACUUUCAGGGAUUACAGGUACCUCAAACAUUUAAAUAUUUAUUGGUAUUAAAGUCAGUGAUCCCAAUUAAAAUAUGGGAAAGACAGUAAGAAAACCAAACAGUCAUCAAUAUAAUUUGGUAAAUUAAUUUCAUAGGCAUUGUUUCCUAACCUUACGGCUGAUAGAUUGGAGGCAACUGCAUGACCCAGGAGAGGCAGUCAUGGGAAAAUAAGACAGAGGGGCAGAGAGAACAAAGGCAAUCAGAGCCCUGAAGAGGGGCCAAAGACAAAUGGUUGCUCUGAAAGAUGGAAGAGUCAGCUCUGCAAGUAAUCUACUGUGCCACUAAUCUACUAUCUAAUCUAAUCUAUCCCACUUUUUUGUUUCAUUAAAAGUCUUUGACAUCUCUC